AGUGUCAGUCAGGUCGGGAGCGCGACGGGGGACAGCGGGGACCCGGGGGGCUGACAGGGGGCCCGGGCCGCUGCCGUGUUGUCCGCUCAAGAUGGAGUUCCUCCUGGGGAACCCGUUCAGCACCCCUGUGGGGCAGUGCCUCGAAAAGGCAACAGAUGGCUCCCUGCAGAGCGAGGACUGGACGUUGAACAUGGAGAUCUGCGACAUUAUCAAUGAGACAGAGGAAGGGCCCAAGGACGCCAUUCGAGCCUUGAAGAAGCGGCUCAACGGAAACCGGAACUACAGAGAGGUCAUGCUGGCAUUGACAGUGCUAGAGACGUGUGUGAAGAACUGUGGCCACCGCUUCCACAUUCUCGUGGCCAACCGGGAUUUCAUCGACAGUGUCCUGGUCAAAAUCAUCUCUCCGAAGAACAACCCUCCCACCAUUGUGCAGGACAAGGUGCUCGCUCUGAUCCAGGCGUGGGCUGAUGCCUUCCGAAGCAGCCCUGACCUCACCGGCGUGGUGCAUAUAUAUGAGGAACUGAAAAGGAAAGGGGUCGAGUUUCCCAUGGCAGACUUGGACGCUCUGUCUCCCAUCCACACACCACAGCGGAGCGUCCCCGAAGUGGAUCCAGCCGCAACCAUGCCCAGGUCCCAGUCGCAGCAGAGGACGAGUGGCAGCUCCUAUUCCUCGUCUCCUGCUCCCUACUCCGCUCCGCAGGCCCCGGCUCUGAGUGUGACUGGCCCCAUCACGGCCAAUUCAGAACAGAUUGCCAGGCUUCGGAGUGAACUGGACGUCGUUCGAGGCAACACAAAAGUCAUGUCGGAGAUGCUAACAGAAAUGGUCCCCGGGCAGGAGGACUCAUCUGAUCUGGAAUUGCUACAGGAGCUGAACAGGACCUGCCGGGCCAUGCAGCAGCGCAUCGUGGAGCUCAUCUCCCGCGUGUCCAAUGAGGAGGUCACUGAGGAACUGCUUCACGUCAACGAUGACCUCAACAACGUCUUCCUCCGCUACGAGAGGUUCGAGCGAUACAGGUCAGGCCGAUCGGUGCAAAAUCCCAGUAAUGGAGUACUGAACGAGGUGACAGAAGACAACUUAAUAGACCUGGGCCCGGGGUCUCCAGCCGUGGUGAGCCCAAUGGUGGGGAACACGGCACCUCCGUCUUCUCUCUCCUCUCAGCUUGCAGGCUUAGACUUGGGGACGGAGAGCGUCAGCGGCACCCUCAGUUCACUCCAGCAGUGUAAUCCCCGUGACGGCUUUGACAUGUUUGCCCAGACGAGAGGGAACUCCUUGGCUGAACAACGCAAGACGGUGACCUACGAGGAUCCCCAGGCUGUCGGAGGACUGGCUUCUGCACUGGACAGUCGGAAACAGAGCUCUGAAGUGAAGAGGGGUAAAGGUGGGCACUCUGACCUGGAGCCCAUAGACAGCUGGCUCAUAACCCAAGGAAUGAUCCCCGUUGCGCAGCCGUCUGUCAUGGACGACAUUGAAGUGUGGCUCAGGACGGACCUGAAGGGCGAUGACCUGGAGGAGGGCGUCACGAGUGAAGAAUUCGACAAGUUCCUGGAAGAAAGAGCGAAAGCUGCUGAAAUGGUCCCCAGCCUCCCCUCGCCCCCAGGGGAGGCCCCAGCCCCAGCCUCAAACCCCUCUGGCCGGAAGAAGCCAGAACGGUCAGAGGACGCCCUCUUCGCCCUGUGAGCUGGUCUGUGGUUCGGCUCCCCAAACGGCAGGUUACCUCCUAUCUCCCCGGUCCACAAGAGGCACUGGCCGCCCCUCCCAUCUCCAGUCCCCACUUGGUCCUGUGCUGCUGUGUCUCCAUGGAAAUGCCCCGUGUUUGCUCCCAGGCCUCCCACUAGUCGGGACCAGCUUUAGCCACCUUCUUCUCUCUGGGGGGUGGGACAGUGCCACGGCUGCCAGAGGCUCUCACCCCUGCCCCCGCCCCUCCUGCCCACAGGCUCCCUCUGCCUGUAUGUCCUCCCUGGAAAAGCAGGCUGUGGGACCAUUUGCCGAGGAGACACCUGGACUGUCUUUUCUCCAGUCCCCUUCCCACAGAGAAGGGGGUCAGACCCCAGACCCUUACCCCACAUAGCCCACCCCUGCCUGCCUCAGCAGGUCUCCUUGGACCAGCCUACCCUCCCAUGCCCCUGUUCCAGAAAGGGCUUGUCUGCACCUGUGGGCUUGGUCUCCCUCCUUGGAAUGCUGCUCUCUGACGCGUGUCACGCUGUGGCACUUGGCGUGCUUGGCACUUUAGAAGGCUGUGUGGGUGCCCGUGUGUGAGGCCUCUCGUCCUCUUCACCCUCUCUCCAUCACUAAGCUGCUAGCCCAGGCCCCCCAGCCACGCCGGCUCAGCGGAUGAGCCCGGGACCAAGGGGGCCCCGUAGGCUCCUGGGGUGCAGAGGGAGAGCCAGGGGCAGUUGCGAGGACGGCACGCAACCUGCAGAUGGUGGUCACAAGGCACGUGGGUUAGCCCCGCAGAGAUACACUACCAGAAGCCAAACCACCCAUGCCCACCAACGUGCUGCCCUCGAGCAGUUGUCCCCGUGUCCCGACAGCCUGCCCUCCUCCCCCUGCCCCUACCCCAGACCCCCCUGGCCACCGACUUGUACCCUCUCUCCAAGCCGACCCGGAAGGCUAACACGAGCCUGAGGCUGACUAUA